AUGCAUGGUCAAGAAAAGGUGGAAACACAUCCAAAUUGGCACAGGGAUGCAUUAGGAAGAGUACAAGUGAUCAAUGAAGAAGACCAACACUUCGACCAUUUCCUGCGGCCUGACAGCGGUCGCAUAGCGAAACUCGUAGUUCAGACGAUAGAAGACAUCAAUGACCAGUCAGAAUGGAUCCAGGUUCCACUGAUCAUUAUGUCUCAAAUGCUAACACCAAGAAAGCUAGUUAUUCCAAUAAACUUUGAAAGCGAAAUCAGAAACGGAGGAUACUACGACUCGAUAAAAUAUCGGGACUGGGGCUACUGCAAAUCAGCCAAGAAUCCAUGCCAUAGCAACCCCGAAGAGCGCAACGAAAUAAUCUUAAAUGAGUUCGAAAAUGACAUUACGAAGUCGUCGACAGAAAACCGGCCAAGAAACAUCGAAUGGGCGAUUAGUGAUAGAUAUAGAGGAAUCGCAAUGCGACCUCUUCGCCCUAGAAAGCUGUGUUUCGUGAACCCUAGGGGAGAUGGAUAUAAGGUUGAUUCUACUGAAGGUGUGAAUGUGGAGUAUGUAUUCAUCUCUUACACCAGAGAGCAAUUCUGCGUCAGUUCCGAUCCUUACACGGAACUGUGUCAGAGAGAUCGAGCAAAACUGGGAAGUUUCGGUGUGGCAGCAGCGCACGCAGCCAAUGUUCAGGCUUUCUGGAUCGAUUUUGAAUGCCUCGACCAAGGGGAUACUGGUACAUCGACUAACGAAGCUGUUGAGACGGCCACAAUCUCCUCCGACCGUGGAACAGAGCACACUAGGUCAGGAAAUACAGCAAGUAAGCCUGUGAACCUAGAGAUUUACAACAUUUGCGACAUCGUUCGCAGUUGUCAUUCUGUUGCUGUAGUUAUUGGCCCUCCAUUCCACAACAAGAAUGGUUCAUUUACUGCAAAAGAUCGCGCAGGUUGGCUACACACAUGGGGAUCUCGGUUAUGGAUCUUGCCGGAAUUACUACUAGCUCCCACGGAACACAGAUUCAGGAUAUUCACAGAAACAGUUGACACCGGUGCCGAGUUGGUCGCCAAGCGCAACCUGGCUGAACGGGCAUGCGAGGAUGCGUUUGAUAUCAGGCAGCUCAUCGACCACUACGAGUCUACCACCCAACUCUCUCAAUUGGAAUUCAUUCCUCUAGCGUUGGAGUGCUUGCAGCGCCGGAGUACGAAAGCAAGAACGCAGGCUGAUAUCGCACACGCAUUCAAGGGCUUGAUGCGCCGCCAGACGAGCUAUAUUGAGAAUGAGAGCGGUUUUGAGGCCCUGGCGAGCUGGUCACUAGCUAGCCACAGUGAAAAGCUGCUAGAACGCUUAAUCUGCCUUCUUCCGCCAGACCCUUGGGCAGAAUGGCAUGAUAUGCACGAUGCCUGGAGGAUGAAUAUUUGGGAUGUCGAACCUUCAUGCCAGGUUGCUGGCAUUGUAGACCAUAAAUCGGUGCUUAUAGACGGAGCUUUUGGGGCGUCGAUCCAAUGGCAUCAGCUGGAGGCUGUGGCCAUCAUCAAGAGGAAGACAUUGUGGCGACAAGUUGCCAAAUAUGUUGUUCGUCUGACUCCGCUUCACUUGGCACUUAGCGUGAUGUUAGUCAUGACAUCCACUACAUUGGAGUAUCGUUGGCAACACAAUAGACAUUUACUUGUUGUUGGAACAUUCAUUCUAGCUAGCUCACUGGCUGUUGUGCUUGGAUUGCCUUACUUGCUGCGGGUUUUCUAUCGAGGUAAAUUCUGGUCUACUCAGGCUUGUCUUUUCGGCAUAGAAGGCUCUGUUUCUGACCUGAAAGCAAUUGAGAAGGCUCUUUUCGGAUUUAGCGAAGGCCGCCUCAAGUGGAGCCCGAAUGGAAGCUUACUUUCUCAACAUUACCCAAAUAGCAAAGGCGAAUGCGAAGGCAAGCCUCCUUUGGAAAGCAAUAUUCGAGCUAUCAACAACAGACACCAGGAAAAUGGGAAGACGGAAAGUCUCAACAGCAAUUCUCAACGACCUGGCCCACAACAAAGGUUAUUCACUCUCAUUGACACGUACACAAUGACGGCAACUAAGUUCUAUGCGUAUCACCCGCCCACUGUAGCAAUUGUCUGCGGACAAGAAGGCGGCAUGCAACGCGUGAUUCUCUGCUCAUAUGAAUGGAAGACGAGGACGUUCUGUCGAGAGACGGUAUUACGAAUGAAAACAAUCAUUCUUGAAAGAAUGUUUCGGGUUGAUAGUUUUAGGCUAGCAUUGAGGAGAGAAAUGCCAGUGGCAGCAGAUACGCUUUCGCCUACUGGUAUUUGAAUUUAC